ACAAUGAGUAGUCACCAUCCCCUCCUCGUCUAUAUAUACACAACACACACAUCUCCCUUCUCCCUACAUCACAUUUUCUUCCCACUACAAAACCCAGCCCUACACCUCCUCCUAGCUACGAACAUACACACAAACUGGCCUCUAUAUAAAUUAUCGUCAAACAGAAAGAAAGAAAGAAAAAAAAAAAAAAAAAAAAGAGAAGCCAAAGCAUGCCUUCAAUAACACUCUCCGAUGCCCACAAAUUUCUUGACCUCAACUCUUUCAAGGAGCUCCCGGACACCCAUGCAUGGACGUCGCAGCUCGACGACGGCAGCGGCAGCUGCGACGGCGCGGAUCCCGAUGCUGUCCCCAUCAUCGAUCUGAGUGACGGCGGCGCCAAGGAGCUGAUAGGCCAUGCAUGCAAGACCUGGGGCGUGUUCCAAGUCAUCAACCACGACGUUCCCAAAUUCCUGCUCGACGAGAUCGAGCUGGCGGGGAAGGGCCUCUUCUCCCUCCCCAUGCACCAGAAGCUGAAGGCGGCGCGUGGGGCCGACGGCGUCUCCGGCUACGGUGUGGCGCGUAUCUCCUCCUUCUUCCCCAAGCUCAUGUGGUCCGAAGGGUUCACCAUUGCCGGCUCCCCGGCCGACCAUGCCCGUCAGCUCUGGCCCCACGAUCAUCAUAAAUUUUGUGAUACGGUGGAGGAAUACCAAAAGGCGAUGAAGAAGCUAGCAGGAAGGGUGAUGUGGCUGAUCCUGGGCUCAUUGGGCGUGUCAGAAGACGACGUCAAGUGGGCCAGCCCAAAGAAAGACGGUUUCCAAGGAGGCUGUGCAGCCCUACAGCUGAACUCGUACCCAGCCUGCCCGGACCCGGACCGGGCCAUGGGCCUGGCUGCGCACACCGACUCAACCAUCCUCACGAUCCUCCACCAGAGCAACACCAAGGGGCUGCAGGUGCUCCGGGAGGGCGGGAAGCGGUGGACAACGGUGCCGCCGCAGCCGGGAGCCCUGGUGGUCCACGUAGGAGACCUAAUGCACAUAUUGUCAAACGGGUUGUACCCGAGCGUGCUCCAUCGGGCCGUGGUGAACCGGACCCGACACCGUUUCUCGGUGGCGUACCUGUAUGGGCCUCCCUCAAACGUCAAAAUCAGCCCGCUUUCGAAACUGGUAGAUCAUUAUCAUCCCCCUCUCUAUAGGUCCAUUACUUGGACUGAAUAUCUGGGGACUAAGGCUAAGCAUUUCGACAAGGCGCUCACGUCAGUGCGCCUUUGCGCGCCCAGAACCGGAUUCGUCGAUACCAAUGAUCAUAAUAGUGUAAGAGUUGGAUAGAUUUUAAUUCACUCUCUAUUGUACAUCAUCACACUACUUUAUUUAACCAAUUCUUCUAUCGUCCUUUUUCA